AGAAAAGAAAAAAAAAGAGAAGAAAACCAAGAAAGGCGAGAGAUACGCGGAGAGCAGCCAACUCCUCGCCUUCGCCUUCGGCUUCGGCUCGGCGCCGCCCCUCCCCUCUCGGUUAGCUGCUGCUCCUGCACCUGCUGCUGCUGCUACUGCCAAUCUGCCAUUCUCCCCCAUUCGACCUCUCCCCCGUUUCCUCCGAUCGACUCGCUUGCGCGCGGGGGAGGUGUGAUCGAUCGGUUCUCUCUCACCGCAUUGUGAUCGAUCGUCUAGGUCGUACGGGCGCUCGAUCUGCUUCGAAUCCUCCAUUUGCUAUGAUGAGCUCUUCUUCGUCCUGGUCUACCCCAAGCUUUGGGUUAGCCAGGGAAUCCUCUUCAUUGUUGUUUACACCUGGCCUUGUGCAACACAUGGGUCCUAAUCCAUCGUCAUCUUGGUCCACCCCUGCUCAUCCAGUCUCUGAUAGUCCCACGUUUUCUUUCCCCACGCCAUUUUUCUGUGAGCCUGCGAAAGGCAGCAGGGUCUAUGCUUAUACCAAGACUGCUGAUGAUCUUCCUCAUAAGCAUACACUAUCAAUUUCUGCAAUGCCAGCAUACAUAAGCAAAUCCCAUGAGGAGCUUCGACAUGAAGAUUAUCAGAGAGGAGACAAAGGCGGUGAUGGCCUGCAGAAAAUUAUGGUUAAUUCAGCUCCUGUACCUCCCAUGCCCAUGUUAUCAUCUGUUGGAGCUCCAGUUAAUAUGAUCAAUUCAAGUCAACCUGCUUUCAGUUUGAAGUCCAAAACAAAUUUCAGUACUCCAUUUUCACCAGCAGCAACUGCUGAUCAACAAUCUGCACAGCUACAGUUCUCAACACAAAAUCACUAUUAUACUUCCAACCCAUUUUGGCCUGCCCCAAUAGGAUUGGUGCGACCAUGUUCAUCAACAGGACUGCAAUCUUCCACGCCAGGUCUAAACUGUACCGGCAUCACAUCAUUUCCAUUCCUGCCCACAAAGCAACCGUCUGUGGGAACCCAAUCAUCAACUUUAUUUCCUACCACUUUUGUGCAUCCAUCCGUGGAGUUGCAAAAGAAUGCCUCCACCCACUGUGCUAGCUCACAGACUGCUCCUUGUACGACACACGGAGGAAUUCUAUUCGGCACGGCUGCAAAUACAGUCUCAUUAACUACAUCAUCUACUGAGCCAACCACAUCAUCCCUUGGUCCAACCUCAUGCCCUGCUACUCGACAUGGAGAUGCACCUUCUACUGGAUUUGCAUGUCAGGAAAAUGUAUUCAGCAACUCAGCGGCAUAUACAUCUACUAUAAAUGCGGAUGUUCCCACGAAUACCAUAGAUUUGCUACUUCCAAAUAACAUCCGGCUGGUAAGGCUUAGAUUUUCUUCAACAAAUGAUGGUAAUGGAAGUGUUGCUUCAGAGGUUCAUUGUCAUCAUGAUGCUAAAACUUCAGAAACACCCAUUUCUUUGUGCAUAUAUCCUGGAGAGAACCAAGAGCUGAUUAUCAAAUCAAUGGUGCAGCCUGCUAAGAGUCACACUGGGAAACAAUCUAGUCCAACUGGUGGUCAUCCAGAUGAUCAAAGUGGUCGCAGCAAAGUAUGCAACAGUGCUGCUGGUCUGCCAUCGUCAGGACCUGGUGAGAAUCAGAAGGGGAAUAGCAGUGCUGGUCACAAGACACCAAAGUCUCCACUGGCUGCUCCUCGUUGCGAAGCGAUAGCGGAGUCUGUACUGCCUCGCCUGUACAGCGCCGAUUACUACACCGUGCCAUCUAUUGUGGAGCUCGCCGUGGGAGAGAGGGACGAGCCAGGCUAUUGCUCACAUGUGAAGGGCUUCACGGUCGGCAGGCAUGGCUAUGGCAGCGUAAAGUUUGAUGGAGAAACUGAUUGGAGAAGGCUUGAUAUUGGAUCCAUCGUGGAGUUCAAUGAGCGUGAGAUUAUUGUGUACAGAGAUGUGAGCAAUACGCCGCCUGUUGGGCAGGAACUCAACAAGCCUGCUGAAGUCACUCUUCUGAAUGUCAAGUGCGUCGAACAGAAGAAUGGGUUGCAGUUCACAGAGGGGCCGGCAGUUGAUAGGUACAAGGAGAUUUUGGUGCAGUGGACAAAGGACCAUGGCGCAGAAUUUGUGUCAUUUGACGCGGCCAAGGGAGAAUGGAAGUUCAGGGUUAAGAAUUUCAAUAUGUAGAGUCCUCUGAGAAUCUAUAAUUCUCCUAUCAGUAGGCUCCUGUGUCUGGUAGAAGUAACAACAUAGUAAUCCUGUAAAAAAUGUGUUCUUUUUGUAGUUCGGUCACUUGGUACGGAUAGCUGGAUACUUCUGGACGAAAUAACUUUAGCUAUAAAAACUGCCUUUGUUGCGUAAUUUUCAAUUUUGCGCGGUUGUAA